AUGGAUUUUAAGCUCAGUCGCCCGUACACGUUCUAUUUAUCUAGUCUCGUGUAGCAGUAAAUUUUUGAUAAAUAUAUAAUAAGAAAUGAUCGAUUUUCGAAAAAAUCUUCUUGCCACGACAAAUCUGUUCGUAAUUGCGUUAACCUUUGUCAUGUUCAACGUGAUGGAGGAUAAGAUAAGUUACCUGAUCCUGGACGCAGCGUAUCAGCUACAAAAGAAUCCGGCCAGCCAGGUGCUCAGCGAUGGCGAGAAGCUGUUGAACUUGUGGCUAAUCAUGUGCACCGUAUGCGUGGGCACCUUCUGGCUGAUGCGGGAGCAGCUGACCAUCGACUUCAAUGGCUUGAUACUGCAGCAGCGCGAGGCCGAGGAUAUGCUCAGCAUGCAGAUACACGUCCUGGCGAACAUGGGCUCCCGGCUCGUCAAUUUGGAGCAACGAUUGCAGCAGGCUGUCGACCGAUGCGCCAUUGAAAACUGAGAAUCAAUUAAAUCAUCAAGU